UUCUUGUCUUUGACUUGGAGUCAACUUCGAAGAAACUUUCUCUUUCGGGGAUUUACUCGCGUCCACUUCGAUCCAGUUCAUUCUUUAGUUGAAUUUUGACUCGAUAAGUUGUGUGUUUCGAUUAAAAAUGAUUAAAUAUUUUUUAUUAAGUUUUGCAGUGCUGGAAGUAGUUUUAUGUGGUUUAGUGAAACUAGAGAUUGAAACAACCACAAUUCCACCGCCUCCAAGACCUUAUGCUUUUGGUUAUGCUGCUGGAAGAUAUCCAGGCAGCGUGGAUCGCACACAUUCUGAAAUAAGUGAUGGCAGUGGUGUUAUACAAGGUUCCUAUAGUUAUCUAGAUCCAUCUAACAAGGUGCGUACUGUUGAUUACACCGCGGAUAAAAACGGUUUCCACCCUACGUUGAACUUUGCCCCGACUGACACACGUGCAGUGGCUGAAGCGAAAGCAAAACACGAACAUCUUUACCAUUCCAUCGCAGAAAAACACCAGUCUGGUAUUAUUCACAUCCCUCGUGAUUCCGCUGCUGUAGCCCAUGCUAAGGAAGCACAUCUACAAAGAUAUAACCAAAUAGCUGCUCAACAACAUGUUCAACCUGGUGUGGUUCUUGUCCCGGUUGAUACUGUAGCUGUUCAGCAGAAAACUCAAAAACAUUUUGAUCUUUACGCGCAGAUUGCGGCGGAGCAUGCGCGUAUCGCUGCUGAACGCGAGGCGGAACGUGAGGAGAAGAAACGUCUUGGGCUCUUGCAAGACGAUGAACAUCUCUAAUAAGUUGUGUUUAUUGUAUACUUCGUGUUUACAAAUAUGCUUAAGCUAAUACAAGGUGUUUAGUUUAGUUUAGUACAUGCUUGCUCUUUGGCUUAAUUUUUGGCUUAAAAUAUUUUAGUCCUACGCUUGCUUUUUACAUGUUUUACCCUGAUUAUUAUCUGUGCUAUAAAUUACGUUCAAGAUGCUAUUAUUGUUCUUUUGUUAUUAGUUUUUUGCGUUUAUUUUGUUAAUUUUUGUAAUAACUUUUCGCAUCGCCGACUAUGUCGAUGUCGCUAUCAGCGUCGGAUUCAUCACUGUCCUGGAGUGAUCCUAGGGUACCGUGAAGGUGGCCAGGAUGGUUAUGUUUCGAUGAUGAUGACGAGGACAUUUGUUGUGAUACCGAAAAGUCAAUUGCACCAUCUACAAUUAAAUUUAAGAAUAAAAUAAGUAAUUUUUUUGGUUUAAGGACAAAUUAUCCAAUCAAGGAGUUUGAUAUUUUUAGGUUGUUAUAUGUCAUUUUAAAGCUGAUUAAAUUCUCUAUUGGAAUUGAUAAUCUUAAUUUAAAAAGUCAUUGUGGUCAAUAAGAUACAGGGCCUUAAAGUAAAUUAAAUAAAAAUUAUUUAGUUUGUAAAUUUUAAAUUAUCAACAAAUGUAAAGAUAAAAUUGAUUUAAAAUAAAUGAAGCUUAAAGACACUUAAA